AUGCGGAUGCCGGCUCGAAUGAUGUUGUGGUCGUGGUGUCUGGCGCUGGUCCUUGUCCUCGCCGGCUCGACUGCGGCUGCGGCUGCAACCUUGACCCCAGCCGCCGCGACAGCCGGCUCGACCGCGACGUCUGCCGUCUCUGCUGCCUCUCCGACCGUGUACAACAGCUCCGCAGCGACGGGCGCGUCCCGCCUCGUCCGCCAGUACGCCUACCACGGCUGCUUCCUCGAGAUCACCGGCACCAACGGCACGGCUCCCGGCAGCCGCUCGAUCGAGGACGGCACCGACGAGAUUCUUCCCGGCAACAUGACCGUCCCGCUCUGCCUCGCCUUCUGCGGCUCGGCCGCCUACCCCUACGCCGGACUCGAGUACGGCCGCGAGUGCUGGUGCGGCCAGGACCUGUCCGCCCUGGCCACCGAGGAACCCGCCGCCGACUGCGACCUGCCCUGCGAUGGCGACACCUCGGCGCUGUGCGGCGGCAACCUCCGCUUGACGGUCUACCUGCUGAGUGCGGCUGCUACUGGAGGCGCUGCACAUGGAGCGCUGUGGGCAAUGCUGGCCGCUAUCGUCACAGCGUCUGGUGUGCAUCUUGUGUAG